ACCACCCCGGGGGGGGAGGCGGGGCGGAGGGGGCGGCGCCGGCGCGAGCCCCCCGCGUGCCGGCCGGGACCCCGCGCCAUGAAGUGCGUCGUUACCGGCGGCAACGUCAAAGUCCUCGGCCAAGCCGUUCACUCCCUGUCCCGCAUUGGGGACGAGCUCUACCUGGAGCCCACCGACAGCGGGCUGUCCCUGCGCACCGUCAACUCCUCCCGCUCCGCCUUCGCCUCCUUCCUCUUCGCCCCCCUCUUCUUCCAGCUGUACGAGCGGGGGGCUCCCCACACGCCCCGAGAGCUGUCCCGAUGCAAAGUCCACAUGAAGUCCUUCCUGGGCGUGUUCCGCUCGCUGCCCUGGCUGGAGAAGACGGUGGGGAAGUGCCUGAUGCUGCUGCGGCCUCAGGCCGGCCGCCUGGUCGUGCAGCUCCACUGCAAGUACGGCGUCACCAAGACCCACAACCUGAGGUUCCAGGAGUGCGAGCGGCUCCAGGCUGUUUUCGACACCCAGCGCUGUGCCAGCAGCCUCUGCGCCCCGGCACGGGUGCUGGCAGAGGCCGUGGUGCAUUUCCCCCCGACGCUGGCUGAGGUGACGCUGGGGGUCGGCCCUGGGGGCAAGAUCAGCCUCCGGAACUACGUGGAGGAUGAAGCUGAGCCCAGCAAGACGAUGGUGACAGAGCUGUGGUUGGCUGAGGAUGAGUUCCAGGCGGUGGCCGUGGCCCCAGGCUCCUGCAUCACCUUCUGCCUCAAGGAGUUUCGGGGGCUGCUGACCUUUGCUGAGGCCUCCAACCUGCCUCUCACCAUCCACUAUGAUGUGCCUGGCAGGCCGGUGAUCUUCAGCCUGGAUGAUGCAGUGCUGGAGGUCCACUUGGUGCUGGCCACCCUCUCAGACCCAGCAGGCAGCUCCUGGCACUCCCCAGCCAACGGCUCUGCCUCCCACCUGCCCCCACCCCCAGAUGACUUUGCUGACGACCUGGAGUCCUACCUGGUUGCCAUGGAAACCAGCACCCACGGGGAGGGCUCAGGGAUGCCCCCCAGCCCCACCUUCCCCCUGCACACCCCCCAUCGCCCCCCAAGCGACCCCGAGGAGGAGGAAGAGGAAGAAGAGGAGGAGGGAGCUGUGCCAGGGACCCCUCCUCACAAGAAGUUUCGCUCCCUGUUUUUUGGCUCAGUGCUGACGCCGGGGGGCCUUGGCCCAGCCCCUGCCCAGGAGGUGCUGGCAGAGGACAGCGAUGGAGAGUCCUGAGAGCCCCCCUCCCCGCUCUGUGUCACACCCUCAAACACAGGCAACCCCCUCCCAGUGUCCCAUUACAAGUUUAUUCCUCAAAAAAAUCCUCCUGCCCCUCUCCCCCUCCACCUUCCCCACCCCCCAAACUCCCCUGCCAGCCCAGGGCUGGGCUCUGGGACACCCCCCCUGCCCCACCUCAGUGCCAGCAGCCCCUGUCCUGGCUGAGCAGGGAUAGGGGGGGACGGAUUUGCUUUGGUGGAGGGUGGCAGGGAGGUGGGGGAGGAGGAGAGAGGAAAAGGGAAGGGGGCAGCAGGAGCUUA